ACCCACGUCUUACACAGGAGGAGUUCACAAGCUUCUGAUGACGCCUAACAUUCGGUUUGUCCAUCUCAGUACACUGUGCCAUGUUGGAACUUGUUAAAUGCAUCAUUUUCUGGAGCCUGCUGAUAGGCUGUGUAUAUGGACAACUGAAAUUUCCUUCCUCGGGGGUCAUUGUACCCCUUGGACACGAUCUUUUAUCUGGAAAUUCGCCAGAUUCCUUUCCCAGCACAUUGCACUUCCAAAUGCCAACACAAGACUUGAUGACUGAAUUAGCAACAGAAGGCAGCAGUGUCGCAGGUCUUCGACAGAAAUUACUGGAGCGACUUUUAAUCAACAACCAACUACAACAAAUGGCCGGACAAGGGUUAGGGAGCACUAUGGACAUUGGAGGUGGAUCUCUCGCUGCUUCCUCUCUGGGGAGCGGAUUGAAUGGAGGUUUGGUGACGGGAGGUGGUCUGAGCAGUUCCGGACUAGGUCUAAUGGAUUCCAGCAGCCUGCUCGGGAGGGGCGCUCAAACUCCCUCCUUAAAUAUCGCCUCCCUUCUGGACUCCAUGUCGUCUCCAAGAGCACAGAUUUCACAACCGUCUAAUACCAAGGUAUUGACACGAACAGCAGCUAUUCAAAGCCUUCAGAGACGGCUUGAUGCUCUCAGAGGAAACCAGCUUCCUGAGACGCAAGGAUUAAUGAAGAGUGGAAUAGGAUUCCAAACACCUACACGAGACCAGAGCUUAAAAGAGAAUAUUAUCAGACAAACACGUAAGGAAACGCCGAAUGCUUCAGUGAAAAUCACAGUCAAAAGGACAACUAAAACAUCCGGAACAGGAAAAACCAGUAAAACAAAUACCCCUCCCAUGAUUCCUGCAGCUACAGAUUCCUUCAGUGCAGCCUCCUUGCUUAACAAUAUCCCCAGGACACCGACAAUAUUUCAAUCAGCCCCUGUUGCUCGUGCACAGCCUGCAAAGGUGCCUCAAAUACAGUCUCCAUCCACAGCACUUGUUCAAAAGACUUUACCAACACCAGUUUCACAGACAGCAAAUCUUGCUGCUGCCAGUGCAGCCGGAGCAGCGUCAGCCAUUAAUUCUGUGUCGUCAGUGGCAGCAGCAAAAUCUAUGCAAAAUCAGAUUUCAGACAUGAUGGACACGCGGAUGGAUAUGAUAGGUGAUAUGGCGGAAGCGGGAAUGUUAGGUGGUGGUAUGAUGGGACUAGGGGGACUGAGUGCGAUGAACAGUUUAGGUGGAUUAGGAGGUAUGGGAAAUAUGGGGGGUUUGAGCAGUAUGGGAGGUUUUGGGGCCAUGGGAAUGGGUGACAUGAUGGGGGGACUUGGUGGUAUGGGCAUGGGUGGGCUUGGAAUGGGAGGGUUGGGGAUGGGGAAUGCACUAAUGGGCGGUGGACUCGGCGGUAUGAUGGGUGGGGGUUUAGGGGGCUUAGGGAUGAUGGCAGCUUUCUCAUGA